AUGAAAACUCGAACGGACAGCGAAAGCCCUAGCAAACACCACUCACCGGCGAAAAUGCGAUCUCCGAUCUCCAGAUUCUUAUCAAGAUCCAUCCUUUUCCUCCACCGCGCAACGCCUUUAACCGCCGCCACUCGCCACCUAUGCGCCGUCGCGUCUCCCGAGACCAGGACAAAGAAGCUCGACCGAAUCGCCGACGAAUUGCUCAAACUGAACAGGAUCGAGCUUUACGAUUACUCGAUCCUCUUCAGCCAUAAACUCGGCCUCAACCGCUACGGCUCCUCCGUCUCCGUCCCCGCCGGAGAUCUCCCCGCCGGCGCAUCAGCCGCAGCCGAGAGCAAAGCUGCGGAGAAGACGGCGUUCGAUGUGAAGCUGGAGAAGUUCGAAGCGGCGUCGAAGAUUAAGGUGAUAAAGGAGAUAAGAGCGUUCACGGAGCUGGGGCUGAAAGAAGCCAAGGAACUAGUUGAGAAAGCUCCUGUUGUUGUCAAGACAGGUCUCACUAAGGACGAAGCUGAGAAGAUCAUGGAGAAACUCAAAGCUGUUGGUGCUGUUGUAGCUUUGGAAUGAAAAUAAAGUCUCAGACUUUAUCAUCAGACAACAACUCUUAUGAAUGAUUGCUACUCCUGUCUGGUAAUAACUUCUUCAUGUAAUAGUACAUUUUAUAGAAAGGUUGCUUUUUUUUCAGUCUGUAGCUUUUGAAUGAAUAAAAGUCUCAGACUUUAUGAAUGUUUCACUCCUGUCUGGUAAUAACUUCUUCCUUUUGAUCUUCUAGAAAGGUUGAUUCUUUGCGUUUUGGUCUCUGGUAUCUGCUGUUCUGAGUUGUAAGCAGAAACAGCUUAUCUAACUCGAGAGAGGUUGUAAUCUGCAGAAACAGAUUGUGUUGUGUGUUCUUUGAUGUUUUUUUCUCUA